GAUGCCCAACUUUCCACUCUCCUCUCCUUCUCCGCGCCCUCAUCACCCACUUUCCCAUUUGUCCUCUGUCUUUUCCCCUUCUCCAAUCCAGGCCUUGCCAUAAAUAACUGCAAAAUCCGCCAUUGCCACCACUACCAACAUCUCCCCUCCCAAACAACCUUUGUAUUUUCAAUCCAUAACACACCAAUGAAAAAGAUGGAGUCAUCUUCCACAUUAGGCCCGGGUGGCCUGGACAUCUCCAAAGCCUUCUUCAAACCCAUUCUCAACUCUGCCCCACCUUCACCCACCAAACGCCACACCAAAAUCUCUGUUAUUGGGGCUGGAAACGUUGGCAUGGCCAUUGCACAAACCAUCCUCACCCAAGACCUUGUUGAUGAGCUAGCCCUUGUCGACGCCAAGCCCGAAAAACUCCGCGGAGAAAUGCUUGAUCUCCAACACGCGGCUGCUUUCUUGCCAAGAACCAAAAUCCAUGCUUCCGUGGACUACUCAAUAACUGCCGGGUCGGAUCUUUGCAUUGUCACAGCGGGUGCGCGGCAGAUCCCCGGUGAGAGUAGGCUGAAUCUUAUACAGAGGAAUUUAACUCUCUUCAAGCUUAUUAUUCCUCCGUUAGCCAAGUAUUCUCCGGAUUGUAUACUCUUGAUCGUUUCAAAUCCUGUGGAUGUUUUGACCUACGUGGCUUGGAAGCUUUCUGGGUUUCCGCCUAAUCGCGUUAUUGGAUCGGGUACGAACUUGGAUUCGUCUAGGUUCCGAUUUCUGCUGGCGGAUCAUCUCGAUGUCAAUGCUCAGGAUGUGCAGGCAUACAUGGUUGGGGAGCAUGGAGACAGUUCAGUGGCGCUGUGGUCUAGCAUUAGCGUGGGAGGAGUGCCAGUGCUUAGCUUUCUAGAAAGGCAGAAAAUUGCAUACGAGAAGGAAACUCUUGAGAACAUUCGGAAAGAAGUUGUGGAGAGUGCCUAUGAAGUAAUAAAUCUCAAGGGUUACACUUCCUGGGCAAUUGGCUAUUCAGCGGCUAACCUGGCUCGAUCCCUCCUGAGGGAUCAGAGAAAGAUUCAUCCUGUCUCUGUUCUUGCAACAGGCCUCUAUGGAAUUGAUGGUGGAGAUGUUUUUCUGAGCUUGCCUGCUCAACUUGGUCGGAGUGGCGUCAUGGGUGUGGCAAAUGUGGAGUUGACGGAUUGGGAAGCACAGCAACUCAGGAAUGCUGCUACUACUAUUUUGGAGGUGCAGAGCCAAUUGGAAAUCGAGGACCAUUGAUUCAAACCUCUAAGUCAAUUGGCAUUUGGUUUCUUGAGAUCAGAUUCUGUAUGGGGAAAUUUUUGGGCUUUUCAAGUUGCUUGCUAGGUUUCCUAACCUUCCUAGUUUCUAGGUUCUCUUUGAUGAGAUAGUAGUAUGUUGUAAUAUUUCUUCUUUUUGUUCUGUUAAUGAAUGUCAAACAGUUCGCGAAAUUUAUCUGAAAUAUCUCUACCAGCUGCAAAUUUAGCAUGA